AUGUCGGACAACGAGGGCCCCGCUUCGGUCCAUAGCGCAUCUCCAGCGGCCAUAGCGAAUAGUAGCGGUCCUGUUUCCGUCCCAGCCGAUGUGUACCAUCAUGACGAGAAGAAAGGCCUGACCCCACCUUUCUCCAGCUUGCAGGAGCGAGACUUUAUCGAGCCGUUAUCGCGGCGGGCGAGCUUCAUGGGACAUCUGGCAGAUUCGCGAGAGUCACAGUUCCAUGUGCGGGAUCGCAGCGAGCUGGAGCGGUACUUUCACGGGCCCCGCAGCUUGACCCAACAUUCGAAAUGGCCGAUCGUCAUGCGAGUUCAGGGAAGUAUAAUGCCCCAAAUGAUCAUACCGCUAUUAAUCGUGGGGGCCUGGGCGACUCUUAUUACCUGCAUUUCUCAUUUUUAUCAUAACCGUAAGUCAUCUCCCGUGGGCAUGACGCUAGCUCAGAUUGACCGAGAUGGACGCAAGUACUGGGCUUCGCUGGUUCAGACAUCGCGCAAUCUGGCCCGCAUCAUUUGGGUGCACUUCGCCGAACGGGAGGGAGAGGAUGGCAAGGUGGAUCUUCUGAGAAAACUGACUGCCAUGAACCUGAUCCUCGCAUUUGCCGUGGCUCUCAAACACAAGCUCCGCUUUGAGCCUGAUGUUGCGUACGAGGACUUGGCGGGCCUCAUCGCCCAUCUAGAUACCUUUGCCCUCGACGCCCAUGACCAUGGCUCCAUGCAUCCCCAGUCGAAAACUCCAUGGAAGUCCGUAGGAGAAUACCUAGGCUUUUCGUUCGCCAAGUCCAACCCGCGCAAGAUGGUUAAGCGGUCCAAGAAGCCACUAGGACAUCUUCCGCUGGAGAUCCUCCACCACUUAUCCGCCUAUAUAGAUUCGUGUAUCUUGACUGGGACGGAGCGGGUGCUAGACACUCCUCUCCCCGCCGCAUAUAGCAUCGCCAUUUCCCAGAUUUCUUGGAUUUAUAUUAUGGUCCUCCCCUUCCAACUGUACGGUUUCUUGAACUGGAUUACCAUCCCAGCUUCUAUGGUUGCCGCGUACAUUAUCCUCGGCCUACUCGCCAUUGGCAGCGAGAUCGAGAAUCCCUUCGGCCAGGACGUUAACGAUCUCCAACUCACCACAUAUUGUCGCCAGAUUGCCCAGGAGCUUGAUAUCAUCACAGCCACUCCGCCUCCAAAUGUGGACGACUUCGUGGCCCGCCCAGAAAAUCUAGUUCUGUUCCCACUCAGCCAGGAUGGCUAUCCCGCGUGGAAAGACCGGAGCAAGGAGGACAUCCGUGCAGCACUCCAGGCCAAGGUUGUAGCGAGUUCAAGCCGGAACCAAGCGCUUGGUGAAUCAAAUACCUCCACCAGAACAAUGAGCUUCUCCACAAGGAAAACCAUGGAGUCUGUUUGA